GCAAAGAGGGAUGUGUCAUCUGUAUGUCAUUCUGCGCUACGGAAGCACGGCCACAAGUGGAAAAACACAAGUAAGACUAUAGCAUAUGAUAUGUUACGGCAUAUGAGACCAUUUUGCAGGAGGAUGCAUAUCUUUCCGGCUCUUCUCUUUGUCUCUCUUGUGGUGGUUCCACGGAGCUCAAGUCUUCCAACAAAUAGAGAAGUCGUCAGAAAUAUAAACAGCAUGAUAAGGAUUGCUCGGAUAACUCUGGUGCACAUCAACAAACUACGGACGGAGUGGCCGGUGGUUCCAACGAUAGCAACCAGCCCUCCUUCCAUUGAGGGACUAACCAACAUCAGCCGUGAUCUUGGACUGUUGGAUAAUGAACUGCAGAGCCCUCUCUUCAAACAGAUCCAGGCUGAUGUCUCCAGCUUGAAGGGACUGGUGCGCACCGUCGCCCUGACGAUGGACUGUCCCAUCUCGGCCAGACCCACGGGACGGCCCGUUGACAGUCUGUUCCCCGACAGCCAACAUCACCUGACUCUGACCACGGUGCAGCACUACCUGGAGACGGUUCUCUUGCACAAGGACAAACUCAAGGUCUGCUGAGAAAUCCGCCCUUAAUGGAUCAGUGUAGUGUCAUUUGUCUUUGCACAUACUAUUUUUAUUUUAUAUAUAAGUCUGCAAUAAUGCUAUUCCUUUGGUUUACUAAAUAUGUUGCAUGUAAUGCUAUUAUCUUUUGAGGUGCGUAUUUAUGGACAACAAAGAUCUUAUAGGAAUUGUAGCUUUAUUUUGUUUUCAAAUUGUUAUGUUUCUUCUUUUUUUUUAUAUGCGUGUUGUUAUGGUUCUACUAUGAUAGUUUGAAAGGUAUGGGAGACUAUUUGAUAGAAGUAUUAAUGGUCUUUGAUGCACUGGUUAUGUUAUUAGGAGCAGAAGGAUGUGACUAUCUUUGAGCUGAAAUGUAAUUUGUUGUAUUACAUUUAGCUAUAAAGACUUAAGACAAUA